UCGCCAGGUUGACCGCUAAAAGUCCCCUUCUUCGUGAGGAGUUUGUUUAUCGUUGUCCAUGUGGAAAAGUUGGUAAUUGUCUGCACAACUGGCACUCUUAGGCGAUAAGGAUAGAAAGUGGGCAUUACAGCGACUCGGAAAAUGAGAAUUUAGCAUGCAAUUCGGCGACUUGGAGACUCCAAUGUCUCUCGAUCUAGUGACAAAAGAGCUACUUUUGCAACACUGAUGGGAUUUACGGAAACAACGCGACACGUGUUGACUCCGCAGAAAGACGACUGAGAGCGGCUGCAUGCCGGAGAGCACGAACCUUUCGACCGCCCGUCGAAUCCCGUACGGAUAUCGCCCAUGUUCGGACCGGGUGUGGAAGCUCCGAACGUGCACGUCUGCACACAAGGAAUUGCAAACUUUUUUCUGACAAGACAUUAUUUACGCCUGUGAUUUCCAACCCCCGCCCAUCCAAAAAAAGGGAAAGACUUAAGUGAAUUUUGACAUUCACGAAUGCUUGUAUAGUUUAUCGCGGGGAUUCCAUCCUCCUACCAACCCCCACAGCCGUACACAGUCUUAUGCUGUGCAAGUUUCUGUGUCUACUCCUUACCAGCUAGCUUGCUAGCUACAAUGCUUCUGAAGAAAAUACCCUCAGCCAAGAAUGGGGCUUGGCUUUUUCAGGCGGUGUUCGGGCAGAGUGUUCGGUCCUUGUCGGUGCCACCCCAGCCCGUGCCAACCCUCGCCCAGACCCUGCAAGGCUACCUGCGGGUCCUGGAGCCCUUGCUCCCCCCGGACGAGCUGGCGCACACGCGGGAGGUGGUGCGAAAGUUUGGUGCUCCGGACGGGCGAGGCGAGCAGCUUCAGCGCGGGCUGGAAAAGAGAGCCAGGAACACGCACAACUGGAUCUCUGAUUGGUGGGUUAAGUGGGCAUAUCUGGAGGACAGACAGCCUCUGGCAGUCCACUCGAACCCGGCCAUCGCCCUACCCAAGCAGGACUACACAGACUGGAGGGGCCAGCUCUUGUUUGCCUCCAAGUUGAUCGCUGGAGUUCUGGACUUCAAAGCCAAAGUUGACAGUGGUUGUCUGCCAGUGGAGUACAUGAGAGGCCAGCCCUUGUGCAUGGAGCUCUUCCCUCUGCUCUUCUCCUCCUGUCGAAUCCCGGGCCCCAAGCACGACCACAUCUUCCACUACAGCCAGGCUCGCCGCCCCCCCACCCACAUCACCGUCGUGCGAAAUUACCAGUUCUUCCAGCUGGAGGUGUACAACAGCAACGGCACGCCGCUGACCCAGAGUCAGAUCCACGACCAGCUCUGCCGAAUUCGCUCCCAGUCCUGGAAGACCGACAAGGAGCCCGUGGGCAUCCUGACCAGCGAGCAUCGGCACACCUGGGGCACGGCCUACCACCGCCUGCUCAGAGAUAAAAUAAACAAAGAGUCUGUAUGGUUGAUCGAGAAAGGAAUCUUCAAUUUGUGUCUGGACUCGCCUGUCAUGAGGAUCUCUGAUGAGAAGUACUCCAGUCGAAUGGCCGCACAGAUCCUGCAUGGAGGCGGGACUUACUCCAACAGUGGGAACCGCUGGUUCGACAAGACUCUGCAGUUUGUAGUGGGAGAGGAUGGCUCCUUUGGGCUACUCUAUGAACAAGCCACUGCUGAAGGUCCACCCAUUGCAACACUCCUGGCUUACGUGCUGGACUACUGUGAAAAGCCAGAGCUGGUGAGGGCUCCCUUGGUUCCACUCCCGAUGCCAAAGAAACUCUACUUCUACAUUGAUUAUGAGAUCAAGAGAGAUAUUGAGCACGCCAAGCAAAAUCUGGACAUCUUGAUUAACGACCUGGAUAUACGCUGCUUCACCUUCCGGAGGUUCGGGAAAAAUUUCCCCAAACAGGUGAACCUCAGCCCCAACUCUUUCAUCCAGGUGGCCCUGCAGCUGGCCUAUUACAGGGUACACAAUGAGGUUUGUGCGUCAUGUGACAGCGCCACACUUAGGAUGUUCCGCGGAGGUCGAACGGACGUCAUCCGCUCACCCACCAAUCAGACCCUUCAGUUUAUACGUGCAGUGGAUGACCCGUCUAUCACGAGAGAGGUGAAGCUGGACCUGCUGAAACAGGCUGUGGAGGCCCACAGUGUUCUCACUGACCAGGCCCUUCGCGGCCAGGCCAUCGACCGCCACCUGCUGGGCCUGAAGCUGCAGGCCAUCGAGGAGCGACUGAGCGUGCCCAGACUCUUCAUGGACACGGCCUACGGGCUGGCCACUCACUUCAAGCUGAGGACCGGACAGGUCCCCACUAACACGGACAGCGUGCUGUGUUUCGGGCCGCAGGUUCCAGACGGCUACGCCGUGUGCUACAACCCCCAGCCCGACCACGUCCACUUCUCUGUCACCGCCUUCAACUGCUGCGAGGAUACGCACGCCGAAACGCUGGCUCUCACUCUGGACAGCGCCCUCUGCAAUCUCCAGGAGUUACUGCAGCCCGCCACGUAGAGCCGCCUUGCGGUGCGCUUUCCCUGGGGUGGCCCCAGUGCGCCUGCGUUUGCCCCAGAGCUACAGCGCGACGGCUCAUACGUUGAAAAUUCAGCUGGCCCUACCUGUGGGGUGGGGGGGGGGGGUGGUAGGGUGGCGCUAUGCUUUUAGGCUUGAAUUCACUACAGAUUAUUCACAAUGCGUUGGUGGAAUUGAGGAAAGUUUUUUACUUUUGGGGGGGGGGGGGGGUUGUUUUCUCCUUAAACGUCACGCUCUCUAUGCACUGAGCUCUGAGCUCACACUGGGGAGGGGAAUCAGGGGAGCUGGGACUUGUGGGAGUCCAGUCCGGUCUGGUCUGGUCCGGUCCACAUGCUGCACAGUACCAUGGCUAGUCCUUUUGAUGAGCUGACUGAGCCAGUGUGGGGCAAAAUGGAAAAACAAAAAUGGACUGCUGCAUUUCUCUCUCCCUCUCUCUCUCUCUCGCUCUUUCUUUCUCUCCUUUCUUUCUCUCUCUCGCUCAAAGAGCAAUUCCUUCCAGGUGGUGCUGCCCUCCAGGCCCCAGGCUGACAGGGCUGAGGACUGCUUUCCACACGGGUUUCAAAAGCCCCCCUGAACAGGGAUGAGCGUUUCUCCGAACGGUCAGCCUGCAAGAUCUCUCCAAAAUGGCCCCUGGAUCUCUCCAAAAUGGCCUCUGGAUGUCUCCAGGAGUAGAACACAACCAACUGCAGAACAUUCUUUUUGAUGUUAAAAAUUUUUUUUUAAAACAAACAUGCAAAGGGUAAUUAAAAAUGGCUGCCGCAGAGGAAUCUGAGAUUGUUCUGUACAGUGGUUGGGGGGCUCCCGAAAACUGCCGUCUCUUGCUAGUCUCUUUACACUGCUUGUGUGUGCAAGGCAUUUUGGCUUUGAGUUCAAAUGUUACACACACAAAAAAAAUGUUCUCAAAUAUGAUUUUUUGCUUACUGUUGCAAUAAAAUACUUGUUUCUCGUUGGAUGGAAAGGCUUCUGAAUGUGUUGAUUACAUGCCCUCAUUAAACACACUGUAGAUCUCUU